UACACAACAAGAUGGCGACUGACUCUCAAAAAGAUCCCAAGCCGGAUGGAGCCGCCUUUGAUGAUUUCUUCGAGAGCCUAGGCAAGAAAGCAGAGCAUCUCACGAUCGACGAACGAAAUGGCAAAAAAGACCCCGCCACCAACAGCACAGCGUCCCUGAAUACCGCUCCAAAAGAGCAAGAAGAUGAUGAAAAUGAGCUGCAAAUAGUAGACGAGAUUGAAAGUCUCUGUAUGAACUGCCACGAGAAUGGAAUUACACGCCUCCUCCUCACACGCAUCCCCUUCUUCCGCGAAAUAAUAAUAAUGUCUUUCUUCUGCCCCCAUUGCAACUUCAAGAACUCCGAGAUCCAAUCUGCAGGCGAGAUCCAACAAAAAGGUUCCAGAUACGAACUCCGUCUGACAGACCAGGCCGACUUUGCACGACAGGUCGUGAAGUCCGAUACCUGCACCGUCAAGUUCAUCGAGUUGGAUAUUGAGGUCCCGGCUGGGAGAGGGCAAUUGACAAAUGUGGAGGGACUACUCAGCAUGAUUCUCGAAGACCUUGAACUACAGCAGCCAGAACGCAAAAAACAGAUGCCUGAAGUGUGGGCGAAGAUAGAAGAGGUCGUAACCAAAGGGCGAAAGAUGAUUGUAGGAGAGAGCUUCCCUUUCCGUGUUGAUCUCGAUGAUCCUGCAGGGAACUCGUGGAUUGAGCCAGAUCAGAAAGAUGGUGUAGGAAAGUGGUCGAAAGUCGACUAUGCAAGAACGCCAGAGCAAAAUGAAGCAUUGGGACUCGGUGCCGGGGAUGAGGAAGAAACUCCAGCCGGAACAACAGGACAGCCUACAGCAGCAACCUUUGAGGAUGAUGAUAUUAUUCCCAACGAAGUGUAUUCUUUCCCUGCGACUUGCCCUGGAUGUACCAAAAGUUGCGUGACUCAUAUGAAGAUGGUCGAGAUCCCGCAUUUCAAGCAAGUGGUUAUUAUGAGUACUGUUUGCGAUCACUGUGGUUAUCGAUCAAACGAAGUAAAGACUGGAGGAGAGGUCCCUGAAAAGGGAAAGAAGAUCACGCUCAAAGUUGAAGGGCCUACAGAUCUCGCACGAGAUAUAUUAAAAUCCGAAUCUUGCGCCAUGGAAUGUCCGGAGCUGAAUUUAUCUGUCAAUCCUGGCACCCUUGGAGGUAGAUUCACGACAGUAGAGGGCCUGCUGACACAAGUCAGAGAUGAUUUGCAUCAGCAGAUCUUUGAUGUUGGAGAUGGUAGUGGUGCAGGAGGUGACUCGCUGCCUUCUGAAGCAAAGCAGACUUGGAAAUCUUUCUUCGAUGGUCUCAACGAGGCAAUUAAAGGGGGAAGAAAAUUCACGGUUGUGUUAAAAGAUCCUCUGGCUAGUAGUUAUGUUCAGAAUCUCUGCUUGCCCGACAGUGAUCCACAGAUCGAGACCGAGGAGUAUGAGAGGACAGCAGAGGAAGAGGAAGACUUGGGCUUGAGUGAUAUGAAGACAGAAGGCUAUGUUGAUGAAGUUGGCAUUGAGAAGAGGAAGCUAGAGGAGGAGAAGACAACAGAGGAGAGUAAUGGUUGAUAUCACUAGUCAGCAAAGGAUACAUGAAACAGUUGUUUGCAUUGAUUUCCUAUUGUACAAGCCAAUCGAUGUGUCCAAAAGUCAAACUUUUGCACAUAAUGAGUAUCCUAAGAUGGGAGCAACAGCGCUAAAGCAUGCAAAGCAGCCGAGCCUCCCAUGAUUCCGCGAAAGAGCGAAGAUAUGGAACAUGAAAAGCAGCAGAGAGGCAG